GGGAGGUGGCAGCAGGGGUACAGGAGAGGGUCACAGUGGAACCCAGUGCUGAGGCUGGAGCUCAAGGGACCCUUGACCUUUUACCAUCACCCUCGCCCCCCUCCCUGGCCAACGGGGUUCACCUGCACAGGAGGCCUGGCCUUGGAACACGCCGACGCUGGCAGACAGAGACACACACCGAUGCUUUAACACACACACCCGGACAGACAGGAGUCACAGGCAUGCAGAUUUACACGGAUCUCCAAAUGCACACACCUGCGGACACUCACACACACCUAGCUGCUAACACACACAUGGAUGCUCACACACACUCGGACUCUGCCGGUCCAGAGCAGCCCAGAACUGUUUCAUCACCAGAGACUCACACCAGAUCACCUCAGCGACAGGUCCUCCUGCCUGUCACUCAUCCAGCCUGCAUCAAUCAGCAAGUUGCUUCCUCUCCCUGCAGCCCGCCUCCUCCACCCUCUGCAAACAGAGACAGGCCCCCGGCCAUUAGCCCUGCCCAAAUUGGACCAACACCUCUAGAUCUCUCUAAACCCUCAAGAGCUAUUGGCCCAAAUCCUACAGGCCCUUCUCUUAUUGGUCCAUCCGGUUCAGACCCUUCUACUAUUGGCCCAGCCCCUGUAGAUCCCUCCCCUGUAUCUGUCGAAGGGGAGAGGAAGUAUGCGCUCCGUAGCUCCGGUCGACCUCGCUUCCCUUGCCAGCUACGCAAGUCCUCCCGCAUCCGCCGAUCCACCGAGGAAGGAGAGAGGAGGGGAGUUAGGGAGAGCGAGAGAGAGGAGGAGAUGGCGGAGGAGGAAGAGGAGGAGGAGAAAGAGAGGGUGAGUGUACAUGUAAAGGUAGAGCGCCCCACAGUGGAGGAGUGUUUACCUGCAACCUCGAAGCCUGCAGACUCAGCUGUACCUGUAGCACCACACCCUUCACCACACCCUUCAACACGCCCCUCACCACGCCCUACACCACACCCCACCUCUCACUCCGCCCCCCGGCCAGCGCCCAAACCCAGAACUUCAACCAAACCCCAACCUAGACCUUCAACCAACGCCAAACCAAAAGCCCAACCCAGACCAUCGAUAAAAGCCUCGCCUAAAUCCUCGCCCAGACCAGCGAACAAUCACAGACCAGCAACCAAUCUUUCGCCUUGUCCAUCGACCAAUACCGUGCCCCAGCCGACAGUGAAGAAGGAGGUGCCUGAUGAUCUAGUUCCUAAACAGAAACGGCGGUUCGUUGGUGUGAGGCGUAUCGUGGUGAAGGUGGCUCGUAUCCCGGUCAACCUCAGCCGACGCCAAAAGAGCUACAAGAUCUCCUCCAUGGAGACCGUUGUCGGGCCGGAGAGGGGCGGGGCCAGUGGCGAGGGGGGGUUGGAGGGAGCAGAAGGGGUCCGAGAGCCAACUGCUCUCCUUCGCAUGAAGAACAAUGGGAAGAAUGUGAUGGUCAUGUUCCCGCCUGGAGAACUCCCGGUGAUCCUGAAACGCAGACGCGGCCGACCUCCCAAACAGGUUGUACCGGGAAUGCCAGAUAAAACUGGUGGGAAUUCCGCCGCUGCCAGUGGGAACGGCGAACCCAAGAAACCUCGCAGGCGCCGGCGGGCCAAGCUCCCAUCUCCGCAACCGUCGUACGUGAACGACACCAACGACGUCAAGACAGAGUACGGAGACGUUCUGUCCAAACUGGCGUUCCUAAACCACCAACCGCCUGCCACCGGUCGCUGCUCCCCACCACGCUGCUGGACACCCAGCGAACCGGAUAGUUUUCACACGCCGUCCAACAACCCUGGGAUCUCCGCCCUGCUCCACCGACUCACAGGGUUCAGACGCAGGGGAGGGAGGGGUGGUGGCGUAGGGGGCAGGGGAGGAGGAGCAGGGGGGGCCGGGUGCGAGGGCUUCAAGAGCUCAUUCAGUGACUUCUUCGAGACGAUCGGGAAGAAAAGAAAAGUGACCCCUGCUCUGUCAGAACCAGGGUUACCCAAGAAACGAGGGAAGGGUGGGGGAGGCAGGGGAGGAGGGGUUGCAGGGGGGGAGAUGGGGGUUGGAGGUGAGGGGUGGAAGCCGGUGAGAAAACGACGCUCGUGCAAGAAUGGGGUUCUGAAGGGGGAGGCAGGGCAGCUGGAGCAAGACUGGUCUAAUGGGGGAGGUGUCUGGGGGGAGGAGGGGGGAGGGGAGAGGGAGAGAGGGCCGGGGGCGUACCAGGCCUGUGGCUCCCUGAGGGGGGACUUCCCGCCCUGUGAGGGGGGAAGAGGAGGUGCGUACGGCAGCCCUGGGGGCAGCAGAGGAGGUGGAGGUGGUGAUGAAGUGCAGGGUUUGUUCGCUGGAUAUUUUCGCUCCCUGCUCGACUCAGACGACUCCUCCGACCUCCUGGAUAUCUCCUCCUCUCGGCCUGACCCCGGGAAACUUCCUCCCACCCCGGGCUACGACUCCUCCAGCACUGGCCCCGGCCCAGGCCCUCGCUGGUCCCCAGCCUUCCCCAAGCGCAGCCCCAAAGGAGAGGCAAGGGAGAAUCAAACCCAGGUCUCUUCGUCCUCCUCUUCCAGACCUCCUUACAGCUACUACCUUUCCCAGAACUCCCCCACUACUUCCUCCUUCCCCAAGUCCACCCCUCCCUCCCUCUCUCUGCCUCGCUCUCCCAGUUCCCCCCAUCCCUCCUCCUACGGUCACUACCCGUCCGGCUAUUCCUCCUCCUCUCCUGCGGGGGGCAGUGCAGCACCACAGAGACCCACAGACUGCAGCUUUGCAGCCUACGGGGCAGCAGGGCUGGAUAAGGCCUCCACAGCCCCCCCCGUGGGCCAGGGUCAGAUGGGCUAUUCCAAUUUUUCCAAGCGUGGAUAUGGGAGCUACCCUGGGCAGGUUGGACCAUCCUCUCCAGGGGGAGGGGGGUAUAUGGCCAUGGCCAAGAACAACCCCUUCCCUUCCUCAUCAUCUCCAGAGGGUUACAGACACUACCUCUCCAACCAGUGGAACUGCAAGCAGGGCUCCAGUGGCUGGGCGUGGGACAGUCUGGCUCAUCAUUACCCAGGAGGCUACAGUGACUACGUCACCCCAGGCCCCAGCGAGCCCAAAGACAUCCUGGACAUCUCCAACUACACCCCACAAAAGGCCAAGCGACAACCCUUCCUCGAGAACCUAUCAGAGUCCUCCUCUGACUCAUCCCACCUGGGAUGCACCGGGUCAGGAGGCGGGGUCAGUACCGGAGGUGGGGGCGGAGGCUCGGGUUCAGGUUCCGGAGGUGGGGCUUACAGGCAGGGUGGAGGCAGGGAGUCUCUUCCUAUUGGUGGAGAGGGAGGUCAAGGCCAGUCCAGCCUAUCAAGUCUGGAGAAGCUGAUGAUGGACUGGCAUGAGAGCGCCUCAGGCCCCUCCUACAACUGGAGCCAGAACGUUCUCUUCCAGGGGCAGGGGAAGCCCGGUCGGGGGCGCAGGAAACGGAAUGCUGCCGAACCCCAAAUAGAAAAGGAGGGGGGUGGUGGACCAGGACCGGAGCCCACCCCAGACUCUCCCACCAGUCCCCCAGUCCAGACCCAGUCCCACACCUCAACCCAGGGCUCUGGUGCCAAACGCAGUGGGAUGGGGGGGCGGCAGGGCAGGGGGGCAAGGGGAGGCAGGGGAAGGCUGUGCCCGUCCCCUAGAGAACGCCCCCCAGGGGGGAAGAAGGGUAAGGCUGCUGGGGGUGGGGAUGGAGGAGGAGGGGGUACUGCUCAGGGGGGGUUGUUCCAGGAAGGCCUUGACUACUUCAGUGGAGACAGCAGCAGCCUCUCCCCCCUCCCUGCCCUACACCUUGGCUACCCCCCCGAGCCCUGUGAGUACCCCUCCCCGUCUCCUUACUCCGCUCACCCCUCCACCCCAACCUCAGAGGAGCGCUACCCAGCCCUCUUCCCUGGCGAGGCCUCAUCCUCCUCUCUCUCCCCUGGAAUGACUUCCACAUCCUCCUCCUAUCCUCCUAAACCAUCCCCUGCUCCUCAGCCUUACCACCCCCCUCUCACCCCUGCUCCUCCCCCCUCCUCCUUCUCCCCGUCCUGCUCCCAAUCGCCACGGUUACUGCCCCACUGUGGAACAGCGCUGAGCCCCCCCUAUCGUAACCCGCGGGGCAUCGCUCAGUGGCAGCACCAGCCCUCACACUAA